AUGAUAUUAAAAGGACUGGUGGUUUUGUUAGCAUUGCUAUUGCUUCACAAGAGUAUUAAUAUAUCCUACAGUUUACAAGCGAAAACUCACCCUUUUGGAACACCUGAGUUCUCAUCACGGAAAUGUUUUCUCCAUUUUUUCGUUGGUUUCUUUUUUUCCUGUUGUCUUCAAAGAUACUUGAAGCACUUUAUGAACAAGGUUAGUUUGAUAUUUUUUUCUUUUUUUAUUUUCAUAAAAAACCCAGCUUUAAAAGCCUUAGAAUUACAGGAUACAUUAUAAUUUUUAGAGAAUAGCAAAGUGCAAAGAAAGAUUUUUGAUUGGAAAAAGAUUCGAAUAUUUUAUUGAGAAGUAUCUUCCAGAAAUUGAAUAAAUGAAUUGAAUUCAAUGAAUUUUUAGAACGUUUGUUUCCUGAUUUGCUUUUUUCAGAGCUUCGAUCCUCACCAUCCAUACUUCAUCACACCUCAAUUCAGCCUUGGAGGUUUCUACAAAAAACGAGUUUGAAGCCUAUUUGAGCUUACUGUCUAGAAAUUGAAAAAGAAAAGUAUCAAAAAACAUUUAUCAACAUGCGUAAAACUCCGCGGCAGGUGCAAAAUUUUAGCAUUCUAAGAUUCUAGUGGCAAGCGUAGAAUAGUUAGUUUUGAAGAAUUUGCACAAUUAUUUAAAGUCUGAAGAGGUACCAGUCAGUUAAAUUCUUAUUUGAAUUUUUUGGCUCAAAGUUGUUCGAUUUUAUCGUGAAUUUUUGGCCGUUUUUCAUAGAAUAAAAAUUUUAAAAUUGUUUUCAUUUUUAUUUUGAUAGAAUCGCAGGCAACGCACCACCCAGAUCUUCGUCAAGAUGUUUUUGUAAAAGACGAAUACCACUUUUUAAACGUCCCUGGAAUUAGAACGAUUACAGUGUACGACGCCUUUGACUGCACCUUUGAAUGUCUCAAUAAUCCUUCAUGUUUUUCUCUGAACCUGGCCGCCUCCAAAAGAGCCGAUGGAACACUUUGGUGCGAAUUGUUGACUUCGAAUAAAUACAUCAACCCAGACGAGUACCAUGAAAACAAGACUUCACAUCACUUCACAUACUGCUACGUUAAUAGAUAAUAUUUUUGCGAACAACUUUUUUGAACGUUCGAGAAGCGGCUUAUUAUUUACUGACAUUUCAGAUCAUCUACCCGUCUUCUCAAUUCAUUCAGAUAACGUUAACACGUCGGUAAAUCGAUGUCGACAAGACCCCUUCUUUAUUAGAGAUAAGAAUCCGAAUAAUAUUCCUACUUUUGUUGAAAAACUAGAAGCUGUUGAUUGGUCUUCGAUUAAAACUUGUGAUGAGCCAGAUAUUGCGUACAAACGCUUUCAUGAAAUGUAUACAAAGAUUUAUAACGAUUGCUUCCCUCUCAAGAAGGCGACUAGAAAGCAGAGGCGCUUUAAAAAACCGUGGUUAACGAAAGCUCUUCUUAAAUCAAUUAAAACAAAGAAUAAACUUUACAAAAAAUAUCUUCAAGUUCCAACAGUCGACAAUUGUUCACUCUACAAAAGAUACAAGAACAAAUUGAAUCACACCUUGCGUUUGGCUAAGCGUCGGUAUUAUGAAAAGAAAUUGGAAGAUGCUAAAUCAAAUACACACGCGACCUGGAAAAUUUUAAACGAAGUCUUAAAUAGAAAAAAGUCGAGGCCUCAAUUAAAUACAAUAUUUAAAUCAGACGGUCAGGAGAUUUCUGAUCCAGUGGAAGUAGCAGAUAGGUUUUGCAGCUACUUCUCUAGUAUUGGUCCCAACCUCGCUAAGAAGAUACAGCCUCCUCCUUGUUCACAUAAAGAUUUUCUAUCUGGAUCAUUUCGAGAAUCAAUCUUUUUUAGCCCAACAACAGAGGAUGAAAUUAUUACCAUUGCUCAAUCUUUUGCUUCCGGGAAAGCGGCUGGAUAUGAUAAUAUUCCAAUGUCUAUAAUUAAGGAAUCCAUUCAAAUCAUUUCGGGACCUCUGGCUCACAUUAUGAAUUUAUCGAUCGCUCAUGGCGUUGUACCAGAUCAAAUGAAAAUAGCUCGUGUGGUACCACUGUUUAAAGCUGAUGACCAGUCACUAUUCACUAACUAUAGGCCUGUCUCGGUUCUACCAAGCUUUUCAAAAUUUCUAGAGAGAAUCAUCUAUAAUCGUUUGUAUGAUUAUUUCACUAAUUUACAUAUUCUCUGUGAUAACCAGUUCGGCUUCAGGAAAAACCACUCUACGACGCUUGCCUUGAUUGAUUUGCAUGAAAAAAUUUCAUCUGCUAUUGAUCGUGGUGAAUUAGCGGUUGGUGUCUUUUUAGAUCUCUCGAAAGCUUUCGAUACAGUCAAUCAUUCCAUCUUAUUUGAUAAACUUGAACACUAUGGUAUACGUGGCUUGGCUCUGAAAUGGAUUAAGAACUAUUUUUCCAACAGACUUCAAUUUGUAGAAUACAAUGGUUAUGUUUCGUAUCGUGCUAAUAUCAUGUGUGGCGUUCCCCAAGGUUCAAUACUAGGGCCUUUGUUUUUUCUACUCUACAUCAACGAUAUAAUCAACACGUCAACAAUAUUACAACUGAUAUUAUUUGCCGAUGAUACAAACGUAUUUGUGUCUCACAAGGAUAAAGACUGCCUCACUAAUAUACUGAAUGCUGAACUAAAUAAGUUGUCAAUAUGGUUUAGAGCUAACAGGCUUUCAUUAAACUUGAAAAAAACCAAAUUCAUUGCAUUUAAACCAUCCCAAAAGCGUACAAAUCAAACUAUUCAACUUUUAAUUAAUAGUCAAAAAAUUGAUCAAGUAAAAGAAACAGUUUUCCUGGGAGUAAUCAUGGAUGAAAAUUUAAAUUGGAAAUCUGAAAUCUCACAUGUCGCCAAUAAAGUUUCUAAAUGCACAGGAAUUAUUCGUAAAUCCAGUUUCUAUUUAUCCACGAAAACCUUACGAACACUAUAUUUUUCUCUAGUCUAUCCAUACCUUUUUUACUGCAACUUAGUUUGGGCCUCUACUUACAGAACUAACCUUAUUCGUCUUGAGAUUUUACAGAAACGAGUGAUCAGAACUAUAGCUAAAACCACUUUCGAUGCACAUACUGAUCCAAUCUUUCAAAAUCUUGGUAUCUUAAAAUUUCAUGAUAUAUACUUAAUACAACUAGGCUUAUUCAUGUACUCCUAUCAAAACCAUACUCUACCUUUACAAUUUCAUUGUAAAUUUACCUUACAAAGUCAAAUUCAUUCGUAUAAUACAAGAAACUCGUGUAAAUUUCGUCUGCCUUUCUGUCGUACUCGAACCAAGCAAUUUUCCGUUUUUUAUCAAGGACCUAAAUUUUACAACACCUUAAACACCAACAUCAUCAACGCUUCCUCACCUUUCUCCUUUAAAAGAGCACUUAAGGCAUUUAUUUGUAAUAAUUAUUAGUAUACUUCAACAAAAAUCUUGGGAAAAAGCCUUUUAAUAUUCAACAUUUGUACAUGUAAACUUCCGUAACAUUGAUUAGUUUAAUUUUUUACCUGAUAUUAUAUUGUACCCGUCGCCGUAAUUUUUAUGCCAUCUUUGAAAAAUUGUAAUUGAGGAGGCCUAAUUAACAUAAGCUUUAUAGUUUCUUUUAGGCCUCCUCGCCAUCUCUUCCUAUAUAUAUAUCUUUUUUCUUUUGGCAUCUUUAAGUAAUUAUUGUAAUUGUGUGGCAAAUAAAUAAAAUACCUAAAAAUACCUAAAGGUGCGAAUUGAGUUUUAACUAAACGCGUUAUUUUUAUUAACAAUCCUGUUGUCCCAGAUAAAAAUCUCGAGUAUGUGAAGGCUAUGGAGGCGGAAAGAACCUAAGAGCUCAAAGAGGUUAAAUCCAGCCGGCAGUUGGUUUUGUUUUGUUUGUUUUGUUUUUUUUUCUAAGGCAUUAUGAUGAUAAAUUUGAAGGCAAUUCUUGUAUUUUCAUCUAGUGGUAUAAAGUGGGCAGUGAUGUAUUUUGUUUCUCCAGAGGCAGACGAUAAACGACUUUAUAAACUUUCCUUAUAAGGCAAAGGUUUUUCAGUUUAUCCACUACUCAUCUCGGAGAGAGAUGAGUCUUAUUCGGGAACCGGACGGUAUGUACAUUAAUUAAAAGUUCCCACUGGUGUGAGUUGAUGCAAACAAAAUGAAAAGUCGCCUGUUUUGUCUCUUCCAGGGUAGAUUCCGUCCGACAUCCUCCGUCGAAUAUGGACAGCAAGGUGCCUACAAAGAUGGCAUUUAUAAGAUCUAUGAUAACGACGGAAACAGUUUUCCAGCCUACUGUGAUCUAAAAUCCGAGCCCGGUAUUGCAUGGACUCUGGUCAUGUCUUGGAGCAGAAAGAAUCGCCUUCUUCCUGCUUUUGGAAAAGCCGUUCUUCAGAUCAAUGCCCCAGAAAACGAGAUCUCCCCGAACUGGGAUCGUUACCGCUUACGUCUGGAGCGAAUGAGAUCUUUGCAGGUUCACUCCACUCACUGGCGAGCAACAUGCUGCUACCCGACCCACGGUAUUGAUUACAGAGACUACCUCCGUGGAAACUUCAAAGGCUUCAACAUCGUCGAUUUCCUUGGUAAUAGCAAGUGUAACAGGGUAGAAUAUGUGGAUAUCCGAGGGCACAAGGGCACGAACCUCAACGUACCGUUUUGGCAGAAAAAGAACGCUUGGAUGGUGCAUAUUGUCAGCAGUUCAGAUCGCUGCAAGUUCAGCGCAUCCAUUGGAGCGGUUGGCAGUGAGGACAACUUUGGCUUUUAUGGUCAAAUUAAUCAAAAGUUCCGCUGCACACAGGCAGUCCACUCUACUGCUCAGUGGUGGUUUGGAGCUCAUCUUAAAAAAUUGUUCCCGGAAUAUUAG